AUGAACAACCAGGCGAGGGCCCCACCCCGCACCUCGGCCCGGGUCUUGGCCUGGGUCCGGGCUUCGACCCCGGUCAGGACCUCGAUCCCUGUCCGGACCCCAACGCCUGCCCGGGCCUCCUCCACUCCUGCCCGGACCCCACAUCCCGCCCAGAUUCCGACCUCGGCCCGGACCCUGAAUCCUGUCCUGAUUCCGACCUCCUCCCGGGCUCCGACUCCCGUCCAGACCUCAACCUCGGCCCGAAUCCCGAAUCCGGUCCAGACGCCGACCCCGGCUCGAGGCCCGACUCCCAUCCCGACUUUGGCCCGGACCCUGACUCCCGUCCAGACCCCGGCCUCGGCGUGGACCCCGAAUCCUGUCCAGAUGCCGACCCCACCCCGAGCCCCAGUUCCUGUCCCAACCCAGCCCCGGACCCCGACUCCCAUUCAGACCUACGCCCGGACCCCAACUCCCGUCCAGACUCCGAAUCCCAUCCAGAUGCCGACCCCGCCCCGAACCCCGACUCCUGGCCCGACCCUGGCCCGGCCCCCGGCCCCCCUUCCGACCUCCGCCCGGACCCCGACUCCCGUCCCGACCCUGGCCCGGCCCCCGGCCCCCCUUCCGACCUCCGCCCGGACCCCGACUCCCGUCCAGACCCCGACCCCGCUCGCGAUCCGGACUCCCGUCCGAACUCCAACCCGGAUCCGGACCCCGACUCCCCUGCAGAUGCCGACCCAGGUCCGGGCCCUCAUUCCGGCCCGGACGCCUACUCAGAUCUGGACCCCGACUCCGGCCCGGACCCCAACCCCAAUUUCAUCCCCGGGGGAGGUCGAGGCUUCGGCCGCAGCCCCUGCCUCGGAAUCCUUCGGGAGCUCGGCCCUGCCCCUGGAACCGCCCCCAGAACCUGCCUCGGAGCCCACGACGGCGUCGCCCCACCAGGAUCUUUCGCCCACGCCGAGCGUGAAGCCCCUCCCAUCGGUCACAAAUGGGUUCGGGUCCACCCAAGAGCCCCUUCCUGUCCUCACUCCACCGGCCACUGAUUUCCAGGGGCCCACCCUUGGGUCCACCUCGAGGGCAGACUCGUCGGCCACCAAGUUGACCGAUGCCACCUCGGAAUCCGUUCGGGUGCCCAUCCCGGGGACCGACCCCUUCGCGGCCACCGCCUUACCCACGUCCACCAACACCUUCGCCGCCGUCGGCGAGAGCUGCUCGGUGGACAAGAUCGCGGUUCGAGUGAUCUACUGCGGCCUCUGAAGCUAUGGCCUUCGGUACAUUCUACUGAAAAAAAGUCUGGAGCAGCAAUUUCCAAACUGUCUACUCUUUGAGGAGGAGAGAGCUGCCCAGGCUACAGGGGAGUUUGAAGUGUUUGUGGAUGGAAAACUGGUCCAUUCAAAGAAGAAAGGUGAUGGCUUUGUGGAUGAGGCCAGGCUGCAGAAGAUUAUGAAUGUUAUCGAGGAGGAGGUCAGGAAAAGGUAGCAGGCAAAUGGCACGCUGGAGGAGAGGAGCCUCAGCGGGAUGCCGAGAAGGGCUGAAAUGUUGCCAAGUCAGGUGUGUGGCCGUCGCCUGCUCCUGGGCUCCCAGCAUCGCAAGCGGCCUGGACUGGGUGGUGGUGGCGGGGAGCAGGGACAGCUGUGAAGAGAAGCCUUGCCCUGUUGCUCCCCAGGUUUGCACCCCGUCAUCUGGCCUCAACUCCUCAUGCUCUCAGGUUGCCGGCUCCUGCUCCUUCUCCGGAUCUCCUCAUUGAUAAUGCUCACAAUUUCCUGCAGCCUGGCCUCAUCCCCCAAGCCAUCACCUUUCUGGGCACAGAGGGGAAAGAACACGGACAUGUUUGUCUCCCUCCAACACCCCCCCAUCCCAGCACCACCCACUCUCCAUGUCAGAUCACCUUCUUCAAACACUUCAAACUCCCCUGCCGCCUGGGCGGGUCUGUCCUCCUCCCAGGGAGGGAAUGGUGGGCGGGUGGAGGGGAGAAGGGGAGACCUCACGGUUGGGCUCAGCACGGGGUUUGGCUCCAAUGAACAGGAUGGAACAGGAUCUGCCCCAGCACAGUGGCUGCCGUGGUGGUGGCUGGAGGGAGGUCGGACACGCCGCCCGGAAUUCCAAAGUGAAGCUCUGCACCUCUCCCGAGUCUGGACUCUGUUCCCGGCAGCGAUUAGCAGGUGCAGCUCAUGGGCAGACCGGAAAACCCUAAAACCGACCAGUUAAAAGCACAGACCCUGGAGCCAAAUCCCUGCCUGGAUUUGAAGCCUGGCUUUGCCGCUUCCUGGCUCUGGCAUGGCUCUCCAUGGCUCUCCCUGUGCCUCAGUGGCUCCAUCUGUAAAAUGGGGAACAUAAUAGCACUUAGCUCCUAGGGCUGUUGAAAAGAGUCAACAAGUCAAACGUGAAAAUCUCGGAAGAUGCACAGGAGCCAUGUGAAGGUUAAAUCUCUUAGGGUGUAUUUAUCUGCUUGAAAGAACAGAAGUCCUGCCCAGCUCCUGUAAGCAGAGAAUCCGGGGGCCGUGUGUCUGCGGAGCCCAGGACUGGUGCUUCAGUAAAUUCAGAAAAUUCUCAUGCCGUCCACAACCCCACACGCAGACACGAAGUGACAACCAUGAGAGAGACACCGUCAUGGCCCUUGUUUGUCCAAUCUAUUUCCCCACCUUCAUUUAUCUGCCUUUCCCUGCACCAGAGAUGAGAUACUAGCUUUCUUAAGAUUUUAUUUAUGAGAACACAGAGAGAGAGGCAGAGACACAGGCAGAGGGAGAAGCAGGCUCCACGCAGGGAACCCGAUUCAGGACUCGAUCCCAGGAGCCCAGGAUCAAGCCCUAGGCCGGAGGCAGGCGCAACCGCUGAGCCACCCAGGUGCCCCAAGAUGUUAGCUUUUCUCAGCUGGUAAAAGCCCUGGUCUUGGGCUACGGUACAGAGGAUGCCCCCCUCUCCCCCCGCAUUGAUUUAUCCAUCCCUUUCUGGUGACAUCUGCCCUCCAAGCUUGGUGUCUCCAGCCACAAAAUGAUGACAAAGACUUGGCCGGCCAUCCCAGCUGUGGCAGACACCACUAGGUGUCCCUCCAUAUAUCUCCUCCCUUACUCCCAGAUAGCCCCCAGAGGAAGACUACAGUUCCCAGCCUCCUUUGCCACUAGGCGUGGCCACAGGACCAAGUUUGGACAAUAGGAAGUGAGAAGUGAUAUGUGCAGUUUUGGGGUUGUGCUCCUAAGAGAAGGAGUGCCAUCCAACCUUCCGUAUUGAAUGUGCAAUUUGAUGGUGCGCCAUCUUGGUAUGAGACAGGGAACAUUCCAUGGGGGUGGAGUUGGGAGGAUGGAGCAACAAUAGGGAAGGGGCCUGGACUCCUCUGGUGGAGUUGCCAGAAAUGGACCGUUACAGGAGGGAAAAGUAAGCUUUCUUGUUUAAGAUGCUGUUAUUUUGGGUCUCUCACACGCUGUCAAACCUGAAUCAUAACAAAUGCCCCAGAAUUGGGAGGAUGUGAUGCACAAGUUAGAGCAAUGGGUGAGCCAGAAGGUUCAACUGUAGGGUUUUUGUUUUUUUACUAUGUCAUAAGAUAAA